AUGCCUGCCACCGGAGGAGGAAGGGCGCCCCAUGCCCCGUCCGCCAAAAUGCCCCCGCCGCGCAGAGAGAGCAGUGCCGCCGUGCCAGCCCAGCGCCAGCGGCCGGGCAUCAAGACGCGCGCCUACUCGGCUCCCAGCGUGCCCAAGAACGACAGCGACGCGCCCGCUCACGUCGCCCGCACAGACGACGACAACGAAGGCGAGGAGAUCGCCGACGAUGCCUUUUUCCAGCGAUACCACUUUCCCCAGCCCAUGCCUGUAGCCCACGAGGAAGACGCUCCCAGCAGCCCCGAGUCGUCUUCAGACACCGAGGGCCCGCUGUCGCCCACGCACGUCAAGGAUCGCCACCACGCGCGCGACAGCAUCUCGGCCCAGUCCACGGGUUCUACCAAUAGCGAUUCGGCGUCGGCCAUGCAAGACCUGAACAUUGCCGUCAUUGGCGUGCGGGGUUCGGGCAAAUCUACCUUUACACGACGCGCCCUCGGCCUGCCAGACACGGCCUCGACGGGCAAUUGCUCGCGCAGAAUGAACAUUGACGGCAACACAUAUCUAGUCCGCUUCCUCGAAAUGUCCUUUACCGACGUCCAUGUCGGCGAGCGCAGCAUCAUCAAAUGGCCCGAAACAGUCCACGACUUUGCAACACCGCGCAUGCAUGCCGCCGUCACGCUCUACGAUGUCACCAACAAGGACAGCCUGGCUAGUGUCCCAGACUUGCUUAACACGUUCCACAUGGCACAACUGCCCUUUAUACUCGUCGCCUGCAAAUGCGAUCAACACCCCGCCCAUGGCGAGGUCGAUCCGUCCGUGGUGGAGCAGAAAGCAAAGUCCUUCAUUGGCGACGUGAGCGUGUUUCAGACGUCCGAAUCCUCGCCGGAGGCGCACCGAGCAUGCCUGUCGGUCAUCACCCGAGCUGCGAUAGCGGCCAUGCGACCUCGCUCACAAGCCUCCAUGGCUCGGCGUCGGGCCAACUCUUCUGCAGUUCAGUCCAUAACCCAAAAGGACCUCUGGGGCCGCAAACACGAGCGUGCUAGUUCGGAAAUCUCCCUGAGAUUUCAACGCAGGCCUAGCGAGGCCAAGGGCCACCGUUAUAAGCCCAGCGACGUCAACAAAACCUUUUUCAACGCCGACGAGUCGCCCGGCUACGACUCGCAGGAUUCCGAUGAUCAGGACUCGGAUGCCGGGCAAAGCAUCAUGUCAGUGAAGCCCUCGGACGAAAAUGGAUACACCUUUGAGCAGCUCGUCGACCGCCUCCUCGCCCAGCCAAUGUCGAAAAAUGACACCAAGUUUGUCUCCGUCUUCCUGGCCCUGUACCGGAGGUUCGCCACACCGGGCCAGCUCCUCGAGGCCAUUAUCAAGCGCUUCGAGGCCUUGAACAAGGACAAGGACCCGCCCAUGAUUCGCAUCAUCGCACAGCUCCGCUAUCUCGCCAUUCUGCAACGCUGGGUCGCCUACUACCCCGGCGACUUUGCCUACCCCACCACGCGCCGCUUGGUCCGAAGGGUUGCCACGUCGCUGGCCUCGAAUCGUGAGUUUUCUGUCGCUGCAACCGAAAUCAUCCGCGAUCUGGAAAUGGUCACCGAAGACGACGACACCGACUGGGCCUGCAGCGACCGCCAACGCACCCAGAACGAGAAUGUGCCCACCUUCCACCACAACGUGCUCGACGAGGAUUCCGACGAAGACGAGUUUUCAAGAGCCCUGGGCCACAUGUCCAUGGAGGACUCUGCGCGAAACUCGAUUGCCCGCAGCAGUCUCACUGGCGGCGCACCCUCUACCAACGGCUCCAUGGGCUCGUCGACGACGCUGCUCACACAGGUCGAAAACAAUGAGCGCCUUGCCCGACAACUGGAGCCAAACCCAGUCAAACCUCUGUCCAAGACGCAUUGGCACCAGCUCAUGAGCGAAUCCGAGGAAGCCAUUGCCAAGGAGCUGACACGGAUUGACUGGAUCAUGUUCUCGUCGGUCCGACCGCGCGAUCUUGUCCGUCAUGUCAGCCUCAACAGCGACGAGAAGAAGCGGUGCAAAAAUCUCGAAAACGUGACGCGCAUGACGGAGCAUUUCAACCACGUCGCCUAUCUCGUCACCAACUACAUUCUCCUGCGUGACAAGCCCAAGCACAGGGCGCUCAUGAUGGAGAAGUGGAUGAAGGUUGCGCGGCAGCUUCGCAAGUUGAACAACUACAACAUGCUGGGCGCCGUCAUGGCGGGCAUCAAAGGCACGGCGGUCAUCCGGUUACACGCAACCAAGGACCUGGUCCCUCAAGCCACGACGCAAGACUUUUGGAAACUGGACAUUUUGAUGAGCCAAACCAAAUCACACGCCGCAUACCGCCUGGCCUGGGAGAACAGUUCAGGGGAGCGGAUUCCUUACAUACCCCUGCACCGCCGCGAUCUCGUAUCAGCCUCGGAAGGCAAUUCGACGUUUAUUGGCGAUAAGAAGAAGACUGAUUCGGCCUUGGCGCCACACCCAGGCGUUAGCGUUUUCGAGAGCGCCGCUGGCAAGCGCGAUAGUCGGGAGCCACUACCGGGUGGCGUUGUUGGCAAGGAGCGCAUCAACUGGCGCAAGUUUGAGAUUAUGGGCGAGGUGAUUGUGGGCGUCCAACGCGCACAGGGCACGCCUUAUCCCAGUUGGCCAAAGUGCGAGGAGAUUCGGGCGCUGAUUCUCGACGUUAAGAUUAACAAGGACGAUGAGGACCUCUGGGAGCGCAGCGCCCAUCUCGAAGCCCAAGGUGCCAAUGAAAAGGGCAGGAUAGCGCGAUGGUUCCGAGAGCGUUAG